AUGGCAGGUAUCGGUCAGUUAGAUGAUGGUGAAGACGAAGGUGAGGACGAUAGCCUCAUGGAAGUAGCUGACGAAGGGACCAGAGUUGUUACUAACUCUACUGAUUUCAGAGUUGGCCAAACCUUCGAGACCAAUGACGACUUAUCUAAGAAGAUUUCUGAAUAUGAAAGAGCCCAUUUUGUCCAGCUUUGGAAACGGGACACUAAGACGGUCGAAGCAGCCCAAAAGAUGCUGAGCAGGACAUUGUCAAGCCGUAUUAAGUACUAUGUCCUUACUUAUGCUUGUAUUCAUGGAGGUAGGAAGUUCAAAGCUCGUGGUGAAGGAAAAAGAAGUACACAAACAUUUCAAAAGGAAUGUCCAUUUGAGUUAAAACUGAGAGCAUCUGUAGAUGGAAAUUUUCUUGAAGUGAGAGACUUUAACGAAAGUCACAAUCAUGAGAUUACUCGAGAGUUAUUUAAGCAACUUCCAACACAGCGGAAGUUGUCUGCUCAAGAGCAAGCUUCUGCUAGGCAUUUGCUGUCAUUAAAAGCAAACAAGAAGAUGGUCCAGGACAACUUAUCAGCUGAUACAGGCAAAGUUGUGUUACUGAAGGACCUUAGCAACAUAAUGAGACGAGACACAAGCGAUACUAGAAACAAUCUUAACCAAACAGUCAAGUUAUUAACAGAAAAGUUUGGCGCAUCAGUUGAGCUAUUAUUAGGAGAAAAUAAUGUCCUUUUUGGUGUCUAUUUUCAGGAUGUGCAAAUGAAGAACAUCUUAAAUUCUUAUCCAGAAGUAGUUUGUGUGGAUGCUACUUAUAAGCUCCUAGAGUUGCGAUUUCCAGUUUACAUCAUGCUCAUUGAAGAUGGCAAUGGUCAAAGUGAAAUCGUUGCUGUAUUUCUGUUACAAGAAGAGACUGAAGAGUCAAUUUCUUCUGUCAUUGAUAUGUUUAUUAGACAAAAUCCAGCCUCUUCAAAAGUUCGUAUUAUAAUUACAGAUAAAGAUAUGACGGAGCGUGAUGUAUUAGCUAGAAAGUUUCCUUCUGCUCAGUUACUGAUAUGUUUGUUUCAUACCCUAAGAACAUUUCGUCGUGAAGUAACAUUGGAGAAAAUGGGGAUUACUCCAGGCCAGCGCAAUUUAUACUUAGAUCUCAUGCAACAAAUGGCUUAUGCAGCCUCAGAAGAAAAGUAUUUGGAAGUUUAUGAAAGAUUUAAAGAUUCAGCUGUACCCUUGGUGAGGCAAUAUUUUGACACUCAGUGGCAUUCGAUUCGCUCCCAGUGGGUUGUUGGUCUAAAGCACAGUUAUGGAAGUUUUUUAAAUAGUACCAAUAAUCGUGUCGAGUGUAUUAAUUCAAAAUUGAAGUCUGUGAUUGACAGGUACAGUUCUUUGGAAGAUUUUGUGGAGAAGUUUUUUUUGAUUUUACGUGUCAUGCGUUCUGAACGUGAUCAUAGAGCUAUUCAAUCAUCUCAAAAAGUUCCCGUAAUUUUUCAUACAGCCGAUCCUGCUGUUGUAAAAUAUAUGAAGCUACUUACCCCAUAUGCUUUUAAGUAUUUUUCUCAGCAGUUAGCUUUGAAAGGGAAGGUAUCUCUUAAAACUACCGAUUUGUCACUUGAAGCUAAUGACACGAAUCAAAUUUACGAAGUUACUUGCUCUAGUGGAGUUACACUUAAUGUUUCUGUAAAUGAUUGCCAAUGUUCAUCUUGGACUUCAAUGAAAGCUUCCCUGCCGACAUAUCUUAGCAGUGAGAGAUAAGGUAAAGAUUGAUCUUUAUUCUGAAGAGCUAUGUGAUAAAAGGUGGCAAAUUUCUUAUUACAAGUCAUGUCAACGUGCCUAUACUGCUGAUUCAAAUGAUGGUGGUGCUGAAUCACCUGGAUGUGUUAAUUCAGUGUGUAUUUCUUCAAAAAAGAAGAGGAUACUUUCUCAGUCUGAGAAGUUUCGCAGAGUUUCUAAAUUGACAACCAAACUGGCUUUUUUAGCAUCUGAAGAUAGUGGUCAUAGGUUUAAUGAUAGAUGUGAAGUAUUGAAAUUUAUUGCAACAGAAUGGGAAAAUGGAAGAGGAGUUAGAGUUGAGAAAGAGAAAGAUGAAGUUGAGAGCUGUAUUUUAAAUUCAGAUGAGAAUGACGUACUUGAUUAUGGACAAUCUGAUGAAGAAAUGCAAGUGCACCAUGAGGAUGAAAAUUGUGUCAUUGAUGAAUUGCCACAUCCAAAAAAAGCCCCAAAAAUUGGUAUUAUAGGUGAUAGUUCUAUUGAUGAUUUUUUGUCUCAAGAAUUGUUUGCAUCUGAUUCUAUAGCACCAAUUGAUAUUGCUUCACAGUUGCCAGAACCUGCUACAGGUAUAAUUAAUUUAAUG